ACAAAAUUCCACAGAAGAGUGGCUGCAUCGCGCAGAAUUAUAUUAAGCGACGACUUGAAGCCUGGCUAGGCCAAGAUAGGCGAGAGCUGAUUGAGUGAUAAUGAUAGAAUUACUGAUGCUAGGACUGCUUGUUCCCUAUGCGCACUCCUCGAUCUCCCCGCAGGCACUCGGCCAAGCUCGGCCACGGCAGCCAUGUUCCUCAUACGGCUCUCCAUCCUCCCGUUACUCCCGUUACUACUCGCGAACGUCCUUAAAGAGGCCGCUGCGUGGCCUAGGCAGGCCGUCUGGUCCAUCUCUGAUUCUAUUGACUUCGACAAAGACGUGCUCUACGGCCCACCUGAGGCGUGGUACUAUGGGUUUGACGGCCCGUGCGAGCCUGGCGUCGACAUCUGGACGACGCAAAUGAACGCCUCUGUAAAGAUUGAUUUCGUCGGCAGUCGCAUCUCGGUGUACGGUACCAGCAAUAACGCAAGCGGUAUCAUGCGGAUAAAGGCCGAGGACAAGGUGACGCAGGAGUGCUAGUGGUAUCCGCCGGAAGAGAUGCAUCUGUGGUCGCCGGACGCCAAGUGCAGCCUCUUUUUUGAUUGGUAUCUUCCACCAGGCUCGCACACACUCACAUCUCACACUUGUUGGCUUCAAACCCGAUCCGAACAACUCUGGGCCUCCCUACAACGAAACGGGGCCGGCUGCGCCCGCUCUACACCUCACGGACAUUGUGUAUUGGAUCGAAGAGCCUAGCUAUCUUCGCGCGAUUCAUUUGGAAAACAGUCCUCAAAUCAUGUGGCAAACAGCCCCCAGAUUAUACGGAAAAAAGCCCUCAGGUUGUAUUGGAAACGAUCCACAAAACAUAGGUAGGUGUCCGCUUAUUUAGCUCCUGUUUGAUGUAGCCAUUCUUUCCCUUCGCUCGUUGCCGCGAACUAAAUCUUGUUAUCUCCCUUUAGGAGCCAAUCCUAGGCUGGAUUUGGGGCAGUCUGUACGCAAAGAUGGCCGGUAUGUCUGCGGCGGAGACGCAGAGUGUUGCGAACUGGUAGUGUAGCUAGCUGUACAAGGCUCGCAAGGAGCAUCAGGCAAAGCGAAGUCAUUGAAGUUGAGCUUUAUAUUCGACAGAUACACCCUGAUAAACAUCGACGCGUGAGGGUUGCGAGGGAAAUAGAGAAGCAAUGCAGGAGAUGGCUUGGCGAGGACGACUUCCGAAGGCACGAGAAGGCACAGGAGAUUUCAGAAAAAAGCGUGGAGCGCGAUCGCCAUCGACGUCAAUGUGAUAAUAUGAAUACUACUUGCACGGGAUAAUAUAUACAGCAAACAGUGCUAAUGUAGAUAAUACUGGCACAGACAA